GGAGAAAAAAAGCAUAGUAAUUUGAAUCAACAGUUAAAAUAAACUUUAUCUACCAUGAUUUUAGAUCCACUAUGUCGCCGGUUAAUUUGCAUAAGCGUUACUGCGCAGUUUGCUUCUGGGGCUGAAGGCUGUUUUCCCCCUGCUCAACACCGGCUCUUCGUCGACAAACACCGGCCGGUAAACUGCUGCUCACACCCCCUUUUCUUUUCCUCCCACACUACUUGCGUAAAAAAAAAACGUGAUUGACACGAGCAAAACAGCCAAUCAGAGGCAGUCUCGAUGUGGACGCGUGCCAAAGUGACAUGUUUAUGUACGAGUCGGACCAAUGGGAGCUCAGAUGAGGGGGCGUGGCAUUGGUUUGGAGGAAAGAGGCAAAACAAUCUUUUUAUCCUCCUAACCGGGCGGCUUUUUGGAUAUCCUGGGCUGCGGCGGUGACGGCAGCGGUGGAAAAAACUUCACAUGUAGACUAGAAUAGAAGUUAGGAUUCAAAUAGUUCCCAUCAAAUUGCGACAAUCCCGAUAAAUGUAUCUAAUUCCCGCAAUUUGCACUAAAACCCUACAGAAAGCCGACAUUCUUCCUUUAGUCUCCACUCUCCUCGACUAAAUAUGGAGUCCAAAUGCAUUUUGGAAAAGUCGUCGGUCGGGACAAGCGUCGGCGGUGUCGUGGACUUCAACUACCGGCCGGGUCGCUACAACAGCCGAGUCCCAGCGGUGGCAAAAAGCAGCUUCACACCGGGGCCCAUCUUUUACAAAUGCGUAACGGACGGAGGCUCGACGGCGGCGGUUAAAAACGAGCGAACUUCGUCCGUCGGUAGCGGGCACUCACCGGGCGUUGGAAUAUUACAAAACGUGGAAAAAACAGCCGUCAGAGACCAAAAAGACAUUGGUUCCACUGGGAUCCUGAAGAGGGCCAGUCCUACCCUCUGCCUUGGCAUGGGCAGGCAGUUGCCAGGCAGCUCCAUAAGUUUGGACAUCAGAAACCCAGGAAAACAGGCAGAGCUGGCCAACAGCAUCAGGCCAGCACAGGGGCAGAAUGUCCCACAGGCGGAGAUACAACCCCUUCCCUCCUCCCACAUCCCAGUCCCCAGAAACAGGAAUCCUUCAGGUCACGCCGAUAAGGAGGUGAUGGCUGCCACCGUCUUGACCUCACUGUCCACAUCCCCUUUGGUGCUCUAUCCUUCCUCUGUGCCCACAGAACCAGCCAGCAAAACAUGGAAAGAGGUGCUUUCUGCAAGUUACAGCAGCUCGACGAGCGGCAACUGGAGCUGGGACGCCAGUGACCAAUCAGUGCCCUCCACACCGUCCCCACCACUUUCCAAAGAUGCCAACACGGGCUUCCUGCACUCGGCCCAGGGAGAUGAUGCCAGUGAGGAUGUUUCAGAGAGCACACAUUUUAUGUUUGAGGACCCCAUCCCUCGAAAGCGAAAGAACUCCAUGAAGGUGAUGUUUAAGUGCUUGUGGAAGAACUGUGAAAAGGUCCUCAGCACCUCCUCAGGGAUCCAGCGACAUAUCCGCACCGUCCACCUGGGGCGAAACAGCGACUCGGAUUACAGCGAUGGAGAGGAGGAUUUUUAUUACUCAGAGAUUGAAGUCAACAUGGACAGCCUGACGGAGGGCUUGUCCAGCCUCACACCUACCUCCCCCACCACGGCCGGCCCUCCGCCCAUCUUCCCCCCGCCGCUGAGCGACGUGUCCCGCUCUGAGUACGUCGGCGUGAACGGUUCACAGAGCCACACCUCGUCGCUGCUCAGUCAGUCGGCUCCCUCCACACUCUGCCACAUCCGCACUGACCAUGCCUACCAGGCCACCGCUCCAGUGAGUAUCCCAGUGGGUCCUGAGCUGGCUGGGAUAGGCAGUGGUAAUGGGAUCGGGCCUGGAACUGGAACAGGGACUGGGAAUGGCAUCAGUGUGUCUUGGCAGCAGCCCCCUCCUGUCAUUUUUAAAGGCGCCCCGGGCCCUGUGACACAUGUUCGCACUGUUAGCAUUGGUGAAAAGCGGCAGCCGGCGGUCCCCUCGCAUGCCACCGUUAGCAAGAACCAUGCUUUAGUAACGCCAGCAACUAAAUCAGCACCAGGAACCAGGAAACCCCGUGGGGAAGCUAAGAAGUGCCGAAAGGUAUACGGCAUGGAGAAGAGAGACAUGUGGUGCACAGCCUGUCGAUGGAAAAAAGCCUGUCAGAGAUUCACCGACUAAUCCAGUUGCCUUCCCCUGCUUGUGGGAGAUGAGCUCCUCCUCGCUCGGAGUGACAGCGAGGUUGACAUUUUUUUUUUUUUUUUUUUUUUUUCCCCCACGAAGAGAUGAGGGCAAGGUUCUCAAUGCUGCUUCCUCUGGGCCAGCAGGGGGAAAAGGGCCAGCAUGAUCUCUUUUCAGUUUCCAAACACAAUGAGAAUAUCAAAACAAAACACAAAGAGAAACGAAUAACUUUAUCCAGAUCCGGAGACUUUUUCUAAGACUGAGACAUUUUCACUCACAGUUAAAUAAGGAAAACACAACAAAUUGGAUGCUGAUCAGAUUCUUUUAUUUCCCACUUGCUUCAAAUCAAAGCGAUGUUUGAAGAGUACAGAUAAGCUUUUUGUUAUACCCUGUUGUUCAUUGUAAGAGCACUAUGUAAGCUACUUUUUGUUUGGUGGGUCGUGGCUCAUUUCCAAGGUUAAACGGUUAAACUCACAUGUGCUCAGUGAAAUCACUGUUGCAGAUCAGUUUCUCACGGCCACCUUUUUAGGGGUCUUCAUCAAAUCUGCCAAAUUCUCAACUUACAGUCAUAAGUUUUGGAUUAAGACGUAACGACACUGUGUUCUGCCUUUUUACUGGAAAUAUAGACUGCAAAUCUGAAUACAUAUAAUUUUAGGAUCAAACAGCUUCGUUACUCCAAUCAAGUACAACUUUUUACAUCUGCAAAACUGCACUAAAUCAUUCACAAGUGGUACAAAAAGUUCUCAUUUGAUGUCCCAAACUAUUUUAGAAAAAUGCACAGUUUAUAAAGUAUAAACAUAUAUAUAUGUUAUGUUAUGCACCCUUCAGAGAUAAGUUGUCUUCUAAAGUAGCACUGUAACCCGAGUUUGCCUGCGAGAGUUGAUAUCUAUUUCCUGCAUAGUUUAUUUUCAGCAGUAAGCUGCUGAACCAACUUGCAUUUGCAUUGUGCAAUCAGAGGAACGACAGCAUUUAAUAAUUUUUCUUUCUCUGUGGUUAUCAGUCACAACUGAAGCAAAAAGGCUAUUUUUUAACAGCUGAUGUUCUUAAAGAGACUGUUUACCAUGCUGUGUGAACUGUAACCGCCACUUGACAUUUUGAACUUGAUAGUUUGACUGAUGACGAUAAUUGUGGAUGCAGGGAGAACACAGAGACUGCAUUCUCACAAUCUUAACUUAAACAAAUCUAUCUUUCACAGUUUUCUAAGAUAAAUUGCCUUGCAAGUUUUAGAAUAACGACUAGAGAUGCACCGAUGUAAGGUUUAGUCUCCAACCUCCAGUUUUUGUACAGGCUUUGACCCUUUCGAUACAAAUUUUAGAUUUCAAUUCCCUCUAAUAAUUUUAAUUAAGAAACAUGAAAGAUAUGUCUAUGCUUAUUGCUCUAAGCUGUCUUUAGAGUUGUACUAAUUUAAAUCAAAGCCAAAAAUGAUUUGACAUUGGCAUUUUAUUCGUUUUUUUGCAUAUUAUAUUAAUGAUAAUCAGUCUCUUUGUGUAUUUCCUUGAAAAUGGAGACCAUUACCUUAACUCUGCGAUUUUCUAACUUUUUAUUUUUUAAGCCAUCACAUUAUCAUCAUGUCAUCAGCGCAACAUGGUUGCAGUUGCAUAAAUUCUAUGUUCAGUGAUAAAAGCAAAGACUGAAGACCAGACUCAAAUCACCAGUCGAGACUGGUCAAACUGAAUAUUGUCAAAUUCCAGUAAUCAUCCAUCUUCUUAGUGCAUCUAUAAUAAUUUUUUUGUAAAUACCAAACUGAACUUAGCAGGGGGCCAAGGCUGUCCUGUUUUUUUUUUUUUAAAUAUAUAUUUAAUCCUUGAAGAAAACAAGUACAAAGAGCCUACAAAUCAGGGAGCCCUUGAUUUAUGUAUAAGCAAAUUUAGCAAGAAUCUUUCUUUUUUUUUUUUUUUUGGCCAAAUGGAGUCUUACUUAGAAUAAACAUUGAAGUCAGACAGAGGUCACAAAAAUAAGGGCAAGGAUAAAAAAAUAAUAAAAAAAACCUGUAGGUGUGCUACAGAUGGUGGAAGUACUUGUAAUCUGUACCUAUAAGAACGGCUGACUUUAGAGCCCAUUUUGUUACCCGAUUCAUUUUUAAUAAGAAAUACAGGGCAAAGAAAAAAAAAAAAUAACUUUCUAAUAUUAAAAAUUAAAUGCUGUCCACCUCUUUAAAAUGUAGUUUUUUCAAAUUGUACAUUUCCAAAGUAAAAGAGAAAGAAAGCACUUACGAUUGGCGCAUUUAGAUAGAUAGAAAAUCUUUUAAUGAGAGAAAAAUUCAAACAAAAAAAAAACAAAAAAAAAGUUGGCAACUCGGAUCUUUUCAGAGUGGCAUUGUCUGUAUACGUCCAUUGUUAGUAAAUUUUGUAAAUUUCCUCAGUUGACUCAAUCAGUUUUCAACUUGUGUAUGAAAAAAAAAA